AGAGACAGCAUAUAAAUGAAUUACAGUAAUUGAUUAUUAAUAUUAACAGUAUGAGUGGUAUUCAUCCUUGGUUCCUUUUCAGUUGAGCUGAGCUCGGGUAGGGGUGAGGCAGUGUAAGUAAAUGGCCACCUCAACCGCCGCAUGUCUCUUCUGUCACUUCCCAAACUGCUUCUUCACAUAUUCCUUUGCUCGCACCAUCAACAACAGCAACUGCAUGUUCUCUCUAACGCAUCUCUCAACCACUCUCUCUCUCCCUCUCACUCCCACUCGCACUCACUUACACCUCCUCGCUUCCCAAACCAACAACACCACCACAACACGGAAAAGUCGAAGGCUGAAAACUGACGAUGAGAUCUGCUCCGAUAUUCGUCAAUUCCUCGCCGACGUUGGCCUUCCGCAAGACCACAUUCCCUCUACCAAGGAGCUUUUACACCAUGGAAGGAAUGACCUGGCAAACAUUGUUAGACGGAGAGGUCAUAAACAGAUCCGGGACCUUCUCACGAGCUCAUUAUAUGGCGACAUUGAUUCUUUAAACACGGGAAAAAGUUUAGAUGAAAGACUGGAUGCUGCAAAUGAUAGUGAGGAUCUAUUAACAGGUCAGAAUGAGAAGGUUGUCACCUUGGUCGAUGAUGUUGUGGCAUCUACUGAAUUUGUUCAUACUGACUCAACUCUGAGAUUAAAUGAAUACACUUCCAUCCCUGUAGCAUCCUCGGCUAGUUCAUCUUUGGUGGAUGGCUUAGGUGAACUCAAAGAUCAUUCUGAACAGGUCAACAACAUGGCAAAGGAGAAUUUGUAUCCCAACAUGCCAACAGAAAUUUCUGGUGAAUCAUCAUUUGAGACAACAUGGUCUGCAACUUCAGAGCACGAGGACUCUUUAAUGGGAAGAAUGGUUGGAGAUAUUACCUUUCCUUUGAAAGUUCCUUCCAUGGAAAACCAUUCCGACACUUCAUUUAAUGAUCCUGAUCUCGACACUGCAGACAUCAGUGAUAUAAAUGUCGACACUUUGGCCAAUUUAUCAUUGGAGGAAAAGGUUGCAAAAUUUAUUCAGAAUGGAGAUUUAGAUCAAGUUGAAGGUGUCCAUCCACCUAAAGAGAAUAGUAACUUGGCACAUAAUGGGAACUCACUUACAUCCAAUCAAGUUGUUGCAUCUGGAAAAUUGGACCAGCCUCUGUGGGAUGAUCACACGCCACAUGAGGACCCGAUAACUCAUUUUGACAAGGAUUUGGACAAUGAGGCGCCAAAUGUACCAAAUCAAAGUGAGAUAAAUCAUCUCAAAUUCAUGCUGUACCAGAAGGAGUUGGAGCUGUCUCGGCUGAAGGAACAGAUUGAGAAGGAAAAGCAUGCUUUGUCUGUCUUGCAAACCAAGGCAGAGGAAGAAAUCAGCAAGGCUAAAAAACUUAUAUCUGAAAAAGAUGCAGAGUUGCAUGGUGCUGAAGAAAGUCUUUCAGGACUCCAGGAGGUUCCUGUUGAGUUCUUCUGCGAUGGUGAUGUUGUGGAAGUGGCUGGUAGCUUCAACGGCUGGCAUCACCCAAUAAAGAUGGAUCCUCAACCAUUAACCAGUAUUAUAGAUCAUGGUGGACCAAGGAAAUCCAGAAUUUGGUCAACAAUGCUGUGGCUUUAUCCUGGUGUGUAUGAGAUAAAAUUUGUUGUUGAUGGCCACUGGAGAAUAGAUCCUCAACGAGAGUCGGUAGCAAGGGGUCACAUAUGUAACAACAUUUUAAGAGUAGAUAGAUGAUACAUCCAGGUUCAGGUCACAACUGCCAGAUGUAUAUAACAAGUCAACAAGCCUCGUAGGGUACAUAUAGAUUGAAGACAAUGGUUUGCUGUGAACAUCUAAAUUAUCAAUUUUGACAGCAAUAUGGACAAGAGGGGACACAAGUAUGCAUGCAAGAUAGAGCAGCAUUUAGAUUGAGUAUCUUCUAAUACAGCAUCCAGUUCGUACAUUUAUUAAGGUUGAGAUUAGUAUUUAAUGUCUUGACAUCUUUCAGGUAUGUGCAAGGGUUAGUUUGUAAUCAGGAGAAAAUAAAUUAUUAGGUGUGGGCUAUUACUAUUAGUGAGGGAUUUAGAUAGUUUUAGAAAAGAGGUAAUAGGUUUUAUCUUUUGAAGUCCACGCCAUCACUGUACCUAUUAGGAGAGAAUGGUUGCUUCAUUUGUAUUCCUCAUCUCUUCUUUCUGUUUUUUGUGGUUCAUUUUCAAAGCGGCUCACAGGAACAAUGAUACAAAUUCAUUUUGCUUAGUGCUGUAAAUUUAGGAUGUGAUGUCGAAAAUUCAGAUUAAGAGUACAUAAUUUCCUAGAUUUUCAAACA